AUGACCGAAUCUGUCAAUAAGGUUGCGCUGUUGAGCGCGUACGAUCGCCGUGGGUUGGUGGAUUUUGCCAAGCUACUCGUAGAUUGCGAUUACGAGAUCGUCUCUACUGGAGGGACCGCAGCUGAGUUGCGUGCCGCCGGGAUCGACGUCGUUGAAGUUUCUGAACUUACCGGCGCACCUGAGAUGUUGGGCGGGCGCGUCAAGACGCUACAUCCGAAAAUUCACGGCGGUUUGCUUGGUUUGCGUGAAGACGAGGGUCACGUUCGCCAAAUGUCGCAAUUCGGGAUACGAAACAUCGAUGUCGUCGUAAACAAUCUCUAUCCAUUUGUCGAGACUGUUCGCAACAAGGACGUAUCUUUGUUUGACGCUCUGGAGAACAUCGACAUUGGAGGUCCGGCCAUGACCCGGGCGGCGGCCAAGAAUCAUCCCAAUGUCGUGAUCGUGGUUGACCCGAAUGACUACGAAGGCGUAGGACGCAUGAUCCGAGACGGCUUGGUCACACAGCGUGAACGUCGUCGCUUGGCUGCAAAGGCUUUCCAGCAUGUUGCGGCUUACGAUACGGCGAUCUCGAGCUUUCUCCGAGAUGAUAGAACGACCGUGUUGCCAGAAGAGAUAACCUUCGGUUACUCUUUGGUCGCCAAGCCUCGUUACGGUGAGAAUCCACAUCAAAGCGCGGGUAUCUAUUCGUUGCUUGGCGCGACUGGCGGUGUGGUUAACGCGGAACAGAUGCACGGCAUUGAGAUGUCGUACCUGAACUAUUUCGACGCAGAUGCGGCAUGGUCUGUGGCGCGUGAAUUCGCGGAGGCCGGCAAACACGCCGCCGUGGUAGUCAAACACGCAAAUCCCUGUGGCUUGGCGGUCCGCGAACAUCAAAUCGACGCAUGGGAAGCGGCCAGAGCAGGCGAUCCCGUGUCAGCGUUCGGUGGCAUCGUCGCGUUCAGCGAGCGCAUGAACAGCGACACUGCGGACAAGAUGAGGGGAUUGUUGCUGGAUGUGGUGAUUGCGCCGAAUUACGACGAUGAGGCUUUGGCGAUACUACGAACCCGGCGACGAACGCGGGUGUUGAAGGUUGCCGCUGACGACCCACCGAGAUUGGAAGUGAGGUCGGUUUCAGGUGGCGCGUUGGUCCAGGAACCAGACAACCUCGACGGCGACGAGUUCCAAGACUUCCGAGUGGUGACCGAGCGUGCGCCUACGGAUGAAGAGGAGAUUGAUUUAUGGUUCGCGUGGAGAGCGUGCAGAUUCGUGAAGUCCAACGCGAUCGUUUUGGCCAAGGAUCGCGCGCUAGUCGGAAUGGGCGCCGGUCAACCUAAUCGAGUUACCAGUGUCAAUCUGUCGGCCCGCGUGGCGGGCGACGAAGCGGUUGGAGCAGUUAUGGCGUCGGACGCGUUCUUCCCGUUUCCGGAUGCUGUUGAGUUUGCCGCUGAGGUUGGUGUAAAAGCGGUCGUGCAACCGGGUGGUUCGGUGAACGAUGAAUCGGUGAUCGAUGCUGCGAAUGAGUUGGGCAUAGCGAUGGUUUUCACAGGACGCCGACAUUUCUAUCAUUGA